GGGUCAUUGCCCACCCCAAAAGGCCUGUUAUUAAACUGGCAAUGUCAAGUACACGUCAGAUUUGCUUUCCUGGCGUGCUUGUGGAGGACAGAAGGGCAGGCGCGGCACUGACUGCUGGCGGCAGGAGCGUGGUCCAGGGCUUCCCUCGCCCAAGUGGGCAGCAGCAGGGAGCGGGGGUCAGAGCCCCUCCUCCGUACCGCGAUGGCUGUGGCAGAUGCAGUUCCAAGAGGCGCCUGGGGGUGGCGCGCCUUCGCUGUAGGGCUGCUUAAGCAAGGCCGCGGGUGGACAGAAGCAUGUCUGUGUGUGUGUGUGUGCGUGUGUGUCACCAUCUAAGAGGGAGAUCCCCCAGCCACACUCACAGAUAACCCAGCUCAUACUCUGAAAGGUCAUCAGACACCAGGGCUCCAUCUUGACAGUACCACGUGCUAGUUGUCAUCUUUUUAAUACUCUGAGAGAAAGCUGGAAGCUGGAGGGGUGCAUGGACUCCGGGAUCGCUAUCGGGGUGUGUGGAGAGACCCCGGAACCCCUCAUCCAGCCCCCACUUCCCCGGGCAGGCCAGGGCUCUUUCCCGUCUCCCGCUGUCUUGAUCUAAUGUCCUGUGCGCUUUCUCGGCCGUAAGACAUACACUCGUUAGCGGGAGGUUAGUGCUCUCUGCUCCUGUCCUCACUCCUCCGCGAGAUUUUCAUUCUGCAUCACGGGGUUCCUGGUCCCUCUCACUCAUCAAACACAAGCCUCUGCUCCUAAUUCCAGGCCCUUCGUAGCACUGUGUUGCGCGAGUGUGGGAUGCCCCCCACAAAGGGCUCGCGUGUGAUGUGGAGCCCAGCCCCGUGCUCCCUGUCACCUGAGCAGAUGUCUGGGCCUCUCUGAGCUGGUCUCGGGGACAGCUGUGGUGACAGGGUUUGCCCGAGCGUGUCACCCCUCGGCCCAGCACCUGGUGCGUGUGCGGCGUGCCUCAGAAACGUGAGCUCUCGUUGUUCCCAGCCUUUUGCUGAGGUUAAUAGCACUCUUCCAGUUGGAAUUUUUACUGAGAAAGUUGUAGGGUCACAGGCGGUUGUAAGUAAUGACUCAGAGAGGUCCCUGUACCCCCGCCCCAGCUUCCCCAGUGCCAGCAGUUUGCCAUAGUGCAGCCAGUCUCCCGGCCAUGGUGUUGACAUUGAUGCAAGCGUCCUUCUUACUCACAUGUGUCCUGCUUCACUUGUCCCUACGUGCACGUGCAUCUUGUUCUGUGCCAACUCACCACCCCGGACAGGCUCCUGCAUCCACCACCACCGCUGGGACUCUGGGUGUUUCCAGCACUGACCUACCUCCUGCCAUGCACUCCUGUCUGCUGCACGUGAGGGGCUCCGUCACUGGCCUCCCCGCGGCCCAGGCGGCACUGAUGCCCAUUCUUGGGGUGUCCGUCUAGGUGGCCUGUCUCAGGACGGCCCAGUUGGCCAUGUGGCCUCGGGACGAGCCCUGUGGGGCCGGGGGAGCCCUUGGAGCUGCAGGAGCACUGGACGGUCCUCUUCCCAAUGUGCCUCCCUGGUUUUUCUCUCUUUACAUGCUGAACACGUGUUUACGGUGGGGAUCCCGUGGCAGGAAGACAGUUGCAAGCAUUUCCUCUUACUUUGAGCUUAGGACCCUGCGCGGCACGUUGUGUAGGUCGUUUCCUCCGUCUCCACGUGUCAGGGGAAGGCCUGGGGCGCAGAACUGGGAACAGGGACUGGAAAUCAGUGUGUGGUUGGUCGAAGCCGUGUGGCUUAACUGGUGUGCAUGUAGGACGCGGGCGGGCCCUGCCCUACUCACUACACUUGCAGCAGCUUCCUGUUAACAUCACUGGGUCUGUCCUUCCAGGCUCUUCUCUGUCCACAGGCUUUUACCUGGGGUGUGUGUGUGUGUGUGUGUGUGUGUGUGUGUGUGUGUGUGUUCUGUUGCUUAGGUAAAUGUUCAGAAGUUUCCCAAGUUCCAGCGAGUACCCCCCGGCUCCUGUCCCUGCCUCCCGUCUGCCGCAGAACCAGCCUGCGUCACUGGCCCAUGUCACCAGGGUGGCCCGAGUCUUGGCAUCGUCAGGGUGCAUUGGUUGAGCGGGCGCACUUGGAGCGUGCUUACUGCAGCCCACGGCCUCGUCUUAAGGAUUCCCGGAGAGCAGUGUGGGGUGCCACGUAAGAGCUUGGUCACCUGCCAGACACCGUCCAAUAUUUCGGGCACGGUGGUGCGGCACAUGGGGGCCUGUGACUCACGCACCCCCUCUCGCCCAGACCCCUUUGUGUGUUAACCGCCUUCUGACAAGGAAGUGUGCCCAGUGUGAUUCAGGUAGCGGAUGUCCUCGUGUGGUUUCUGAGGUCAGAUUCUGAAAAGCCAGCAUUUUCCUUCCAAGUAGCCCCUGAAAUGAAAGCAGCUCAUCCAUUUUUAGAGAAGAAAAAGACAUCCUGUGGUUCAGGCUGAGCUUUUGGCCUGUUGACUGGGUUUAAUGAAGGGGCACAUGAGCAUCUGGGCUGCCAAUGAACGGAGGGAGGGGGAUGGCAGGCCUGGGGCUCCCCCUCGAGUGAACUGUGCACGCGCACACACAUGCACAUGCCUCUCGGGCCACUCUCACUCUCUACCUGCAGACCUACCGCGAGCACCUGGAAGGGCAGAAGCACAAAAAGAAAGAGGCGGCCCAGAAGACGGGCACCCAGGCCAGCGGCGGCCCAGGCGGGGUGCAGGCGCGGCUGUGCUGCGGGCUCUGUGCCGUGUGGUGCACGGGGGCGGACGCCUACGCCGCUCACAUCCGGGGCGCCAGGCAUCAGAAGGUAGGAGCUCUCACGGCCCGACAGCGUUGAGGAGGCCGCUGCCGGCGACAGGAAGUUUUUCCUGUGGGGCCCACGCGGUUGCAUUCCUCAGAACAACAGUCUCACCCGCCCCCUGGACCAAGGUCUUGAAGCUGCACACUAAGUUGGGGAAGCCCAUCCCUACCAUAGAACCAGUGCCAGGGGACCCCAGCUCAGCCCAGGCCCCCUGUGCCAGCAAGCCGGCCCCUCUCGCCGCAGAGAGUCCCCCCACGGCCUCCAACAAGCCCACAGCCUCUGCCGGCCCCGGCGUGGGCACUCUGAGCAAGCCAGCACUGGCCAGGAGACCGGCGGCUUUGAAAGCCACGAGUGUGGGGCCUUCCAAGCUACAGGCAGCGGGCAGCAGGCCCCCAGAGGGCAGACAGGUACACCACCCCGCACCAGACAGGCCCGGAGAUCCGCCUGCCCGAGGAGGCUCCACAGAAGCUUCUGGAAGCUGUGAUGCGCAGCCAGUGGGCCCAGGCUACGUGGAAGAGGUACGCAACGAGGAAGGCAAGGUGGUCCGGUUCCACUGCAGGCUGUGCGAGUGCAGUUUCGGCGACGCCACAGCCAGGGACAUGCACGUGCGGGGGCGGCGGCACCGGCUGCAGUACAAGAAAAAAGUGAACCCCGACCUUCCGAUUGCGGUGAAGCCCAGCCACAGAGCUCGGAAGCUGCUGGAGGCCAGGCUGAGGAAGCAGAGGCAGCUGGCCAAGAGGCGGCUUGAGGAGAUGCGGCGCUGGCACGCGGGGAUGAGGCGCGACGAGCUCCGUAGGAGGUGCCCGGAAGAGGGGUCCCAGGCCCCGGAUGAGCACCCCGCACCCUCGCCACCUGACCAACACUCUCCUUUCCUCACAAGCAGGCCGGGGGCGCCUGCUGGCUCACCUCCGUCUGCGCGGCGGCUGGAGUCCAGUGAUGACCGGCACAUCUUGUGUAAGCACGCUGCCAUCUACCCCACGGAGGAGGAGCUCCUGGCCGUGCAGAAGGCUGUCUCCCACUCGGAGCGCGCCCUCAAGCUGGUGUCUGACAUGCUGGCCGAGGAGAACUCCGGGAGCCCAGAGCACGUGGGCGGUGAGCACAGCAGCGGCUCCCCCCCAGCUCGGGUCCUGAAGGGCGUGAUGCGGGUUGGCCUCCUGGCGAAGGGCCUGCUCCUGCGCGGAGACAGGACGGUGCAGCUGACCCUGCUCUGCUCGCAGAAGCCCACGCGCGCCCUGCUGCGGACCAUCUCGGAGCAGCUGCCCCGGCAGCUCCCGAUGGUGACAGAAGACAAGUACGAGGUCUCCUCCGACUCCGAAGACAUCAUCAUUUCCUCCUGCGAGGAGCCCAGGGUGAGGGUCACUGUGUCCAUCACCUCGCCCCUGAUGCGGGAGGACCCUUCCAUGGACCAAGAGGGAAUGCAGGUGCCUCUGUCCGACCCAGGCGACGUCCUGAGCCCAGAGAAGUGCGUCCAGUCACUGGCUGCCCUCCGCCACGCCAAGUGGUUCCAGGCUCGAGCCAGCGGCCUACAGACAUGUGUGAUUGUCCUCAGGGUCCUGCGUGACCUCUGCCAGCGUGUGCCUGCCUGGGGAUCCCUGCCGCACUGGGCCAUGGAGCUGCUGGCGGAGAAGGCUCUGAGCAGUGCGAUGGGGCCCCUCAGCCCUGGGGACGGCAUGAGGCGUGUCCUGGAGUGUGUGGCCUCGGGGACACUCCUGACAGAUGGGCCCGGGCUCCAGGAUCCCUGCGAGAGAGACCAGAGGGACGUCCUCGGGUCCAUGACCCCCCAGCAGCGCGAGGACAUCACGGCCAAUGCCCAGCCGUCUUCCCACCAGCAGAGGACCCCAGAGCAAGCCGGUGGUGGGCAGGCAGACACAAGACCAAGUGAGACCAGGCGCCGGAGAAGCAUCCUUAGACCUCAGGCUGCAGGAUGCUGGCAGGCGAGCCCCGUUGCUAGGAGACGGCGAUGUCCAAAAAUGGAACUUCUCGAUCAAAGGGCAUCUGACACUUCCGUGUGCAAGAUUACAUUCCAUCAGAGCUGUCAGUCUCCCUCUUGUUGUAAACAAAGGAGCCCCAUUCUCCGCCCCCAAGUCAGGUCUGUGUCUUCUCAUUUCCAAAAUAGUUUUCUUCACAGGGACAGAAGUGUAGCAGUUCGGUUUCCUUCCAUGAUGCCUUAGAUCACACUACCGUCCUUUCAUUUUCUCAAUCACUCACGAUGUGUUUAUGGGACACCUGUCAUGCACCAUCGGCCGUCACCCACGUGGCUUCCACGCGUCUACCACCGAGAGUGUGGAAAUGUAUUCGGUAUUCAAUGAGCAAGCACUCAGCGUCUUCCUUGGGGGGGCCCAAAGACGAACCAGAAGCUGUCAUUUCAUGCAUGAGGGUGACUCCAGGCUCUAGUCUCAGCAUGGCCCUUGCACAUAUUAGCUGUGGGGGUGUCAGGACCCCUCACUUCACCUCCCUGAGCCUCUAUAAAGCUGAAUCGAAACUAGUAGCACCAACCUUGC